GUUGGGCCUUGUUGGGCGCGUCCGGCCUUUUCCGAGCGGCCUGUCGUUUGGCGGGCGGGCUGCUCACGGGUUGCAGCGAGGUGCUGGCAGAGUCAGGCUUGGUGGUCACGGGUCCGGAGCGGCGACUUUGGGCCGAAGAGGGCUCGGUGCUCUCCUGGGUCCACGGGCCACGCCGCUCCCUCUUUCACUGGCCUGCGUCUGCGACUACGGGACUAAUAAUGAACGUGGCUGGCGCCAGGCUAGGCCUGAAGGCGCGUCGUCCUUUUUCGUCUGACAAUGAGGAAAGCAUUUUGAUGUUAUUAAAAUGACCUGAAGAUGAGUUGAACUUUGGGAUGAUAGUGGAAGUUGUCCCUUCUGAAGAUAAGUUAGAGAACUGGCAUCACUGAGAGAGCUGCAGUGUUGUACAGAAAACUGCCAAGAUCUGGUUCUCACAAGUAGGCCUGAUUAGAUGAGAACAGAGUUCCUGGGACCAAAAAUUCAUCCACUGUAGAGAAGACAUAGCCAAGACCUCACCCCAGAGCUUUGGGGCAGAAGCAGAAGAAACCUAGAAUACAACACAUCUCACACUUGCUAAUCGUCUUGUGCAGGCAACAGAUAAUAACCAUGUUACAGCUUGUGGUGAGGAGAGCACAGGCCCGAGCUCCGAGCUGUCUUUCCCCAGCAUGCAAUGAGGGCUGCUUCAGAUUUAUUAGAGCUGUGCUCUUGCAGGAGUUGUUCUCAUUUGAAGAUUUGUCUGUGGACUUCAGCCAGAAGGAAUGGCAGCUCCUGGAGCCACACCAGAAGAACUUGUACAGGGAUGUCAUGUUGGAGAACUACAGCAGCCUUGUGUCACUGGGGUACACAGUUAUGAAACCAGAUGUCAUUUUCAAGUUGGAGCAAGGUGAAGAACCAUGGGUAGGAGAUGGAGAAGUUCAGCAUUCAGACUGUCCAGAAGCCUGGCAAGUAGAUGAUCACAUGACAUGGCAACAGGAGAACCAAGACCAGCCUAGAAGUUUGAAAAGAGGUCAUGAGUGGGAUGUAUUUGGAAAAAAUUUCACUCUUAACAUGGAUUUUGUUUCAUUAAGUAAAUCAAACAAUGAAGGUGAUUUAGAUGGAUUGAUUUUAGAACAUCAUUUAGAUUUGCUUAUCCCAGAAGCAGACUGUGGAAGAGAAUCAGAUGACUUUAAUGUAUUUGAUAAAUUGUUUCUCAAUACCAAGCCUCAGGAAGCUGAUACUUGGUUAAAAUACUAUGAAUGUGAUAAAUGUGAUAAUAUUAACUAUAAAAAGUCCCAGAUUGUCAUUUAUCACAGAACUCGUCUAGGGGAGAAACUUUAUGAAUGCAGUGAAUGUAGGAAGCGCUUCAGCAAGAAGUCAAGCCUCAUUAAACAUCAGAGCAGACACAUAAGAGAGAUAGCUUAUGGCUGUGGUAAAUGUGGGAAAACCUUUCCCCAGAAGUCACAGUUCGUCACACACCAUAGAACUCAUACUGGAGAGAAACCUUAUGACUGUGGCCAGUGUGGGAAAGCUUUCUCCCAAAAGUCACAGCUCACAUCCCAUCAGAGGACACACACAGGAGAGAAGCCCUAUGAGUGUGGUAAGUGUGGCAAAGCCUUUUCCCGGAAGUCUCAUCUCAUAUCACAUUGGAGGACACACACUGGAGAGAAGCCUUAUGGCUGCAGUGAGUGUGGGAGGGCCUUCAGUGAAAAGUCAAAUCUCAUUAAUCAUCAGAGAAUUCAUACAGGAGAGAAACCAUUUGGAUGCAGGGAAUGUGGGAGAGCCUUUAGCAGGAAGUCACAGCUUGUGACACAUCACAGGACUCACACAGGAACAAAGCCCUAUGGAUGUAGUGAUUGCAGAAAAGCCUUCUUUGAGAAGUCAGAACUCAUUAGACACCAGACGGUUCACACUGGAGAGAAACCCUAUGAAUGCAGGGAGUGUGGGAAAGCUUUCAGAGAGAGGUCAAGCCUCAUCAAUCAUCAGAGAACCCAUACCGGAGAGAAGCCCCAUGGGUGCCUGCAGUGUGGGAAGGCCUUCUCCCAGAAGUCACACCUCAUAUCCCAUCAGAUGACACAUACAGGAGAGAAGCCCUUUGUGUGCAGUAAAUGUGGAAAGGCCUUCAGCAGAAAGUCCCAGCUUGUUAGACAUCAGAGAACUCACACAGGAGAAAAACCCUAUGAAUGCAGUGAAUGCGGGAAAGCAUUUAGUGAAAAGUUGAGUCUCACCAAUCAUCAGAGAAUUCAUACAGGAGAAAAACCUUAUGUGUGCAGUGAAUGUGGGAAAGCCUUUUGUCAGAAGUCGCAUCUCAUAUCACAUCAGAGGACACACACGGGAGAGAAACCCUAUGAAUGCACUGAAUGUGGGAAAGCCUUUGGUGAAAAGUCAAGCCUUGCAACUCAUCAGAGGACUCAUACUGGAGAAAAACCAUAUGAGUGCAGAGACUGUGACAAAGCUUUCUCCCAGAAGUCACAGCUAAACACUCACCAGAGAAUUCACACAGGAGAGAAACCCUAUGAGUGCACUCUUUGUAGAAAAGCCUUCUUUGAGAAGUCAGAACUAAUUAGACAUCAGAGAACUCAUACAGGAGAAAAACCUUAUGAAUGCAGUGAGUGCAGAAAAGCCUUCAGGGAGAAGUCAAGUCUCAUUAACCAUCGGAGGAUACACACAGGAGAGAAACCUUUUGAAUGCAGGGAGUGUGGCAAAGCCUUCUCUCGAAAGUCACACCUCAUUCCACAUCAGAGGACACACACAGGUGAGAGGCCUUAUGGCUGCAGUGAGUGUAGGAAAGCCUUCUCUCAGAAGUCACAGCUUGUGAACCAUCAGAGGAUUCACACAGGAGAGAAGCCGUAUCAGUGUAUCGAGUGUGAGAGAGCCUUCUCCCAGAAGUCACAGCUUAUUAACCACCAGAGAAAUCACACAGGACCAAAGUCCUAGGAGUGAAUAAGUGAGCCUAAUAGAUCCACACCUCGUUUGCUUCAGAAAAUGCAGUCAUGGUGAAUCUUGUGCCAACAGUUGCAUUCCAUUGUAUGUCAGACUGUCCCUUAAAGUUGUGUAAGUGAGGUUGUGCAUGGGACAUUUUAUCAGGCAAGCAUACCUAUCAGCACUCAUGGAGGAGAGUGAACCUGUGAGUGCAUUGGGUCCCUGGAAUCUUCCAGAGCACUUGAGCCUUGUUCCAUGGACAGACCAAGCAGGGAUCCUGUGAAUGUAGGAAAGCCUUGCAGAGGUCGGUCUCAUUAGCCAUUAGAAAUGUUCCCAGUGCAUUUGAGGGGAAACUUUGGAACAAGUGUGGUUAUACUUUUAUCAAGAAAUGACAGCUCAUUGUACUUAAGAAAAUGACCUUAGGAGUGAAAUUAUAUGAAAUAAAAAAGUUCAAUCAAUGUUCAUCAAGUAACCUAGCUGCAUUGUAUUUUAGAAAGUUUAUAUUGCAGAUAAACCUAACAAGCAUAUUGGAAACAUAUGUCCCUAGAAAUAAUGCUAUGAAGGGAAGCCAUACACAUCUUUUGUUUUUCCUUUAUUUUUGAGGCAAGGUCUUGUUAUGUAGUUCAUGAUGGCCUUAAAUUCUCUAUAUGGCCCAGGCUUUGAACGUGUGGUGAUCUUCCUGCCACAGCCUCCUGAGAGUUUAGAUUAUAGGUGUACUCUUCUUAUAGAUAGUUAGAUCAAUCUCAAUUUCAACUGGUUGACGAGUGUUCACUCUGGAGUGUGAAGUUUUUAAAAUGUGGAACUAAAUUGAAUCAUUGAAACAUCUGAAGAAGAAAAUUUUUAGUGGUGUUUCUGACUUACUGUCCAGUGCCACAUAAUAUCUUUUGUGUGUUUUGAUUACUAUUUACAAUUGAGAAUUCAAUUCAGAACAUAAAAUAUAUAUACCUUAUAGUGCCUCUUGAUAUGUCAAGACACACUAUAUCACCGGAAUGAAAAGAGAAACUCACAUAACAUGGCCUGUUGCUGAAUAAGUAGAUUAAAUAAUAUCACAUUUCUUUUAUCCUUAAUGUUUGUUUGCAUAUAUUUUUAUUGUUCUCUUUAGUAAGAGAUGAACAUUUUAUUAGUUUUCUACAUUCACAGAAUCUGAGAAACAGUUCAUAUAAAAUCCUGUUAAUAAGUUUGCAAAGACAACCAAGAAUAGCAAUAGUCAUGUAUGAUACUGAGUGAGCAGAAGAGUGUGUGAACUAUACUCCUCAGCAUUCACCUGUAUAAAAGGAUGUAUUGCUGUAAAAUUCUCUCAUUUGGUGGGCUGCCUCCAUAUGUCUUUCCUGUAUAUCUUAAGUGCUGUGUGACCCAACAGUGUGUUGCAUUUUAAUUUCCUAUGAUGACAUAUGAAUAUGUUGUGCUGCCGCUGUGUUGUGUUAUUUCAUAAAGUAUCUUGUAAAAAAUUAGAUGGAGAAACCAGUUAUUGAGUCGUGACUUUUCAGAAGAUGUGAAAUACAGAGAAUUUUGUGGUUAAAAAAAAUUACUGGGCUGGGGAUGUAGCCCAGUGGUAGAGUGCUAGCCUACCAUACAGAAUGUUGUGUGUUCCAUCCCCAGAACUGCUCAAAAAAGGUAAAAAUUUUUGACACAUUCAGGGAUGUGUUUUGCUUUCCUGUGUACCUUUGGGAUUGCUGACAAGUGUUAGGAAAUACAGUUUCCAUUAUUUCUUCCUUUGGAGUAGUUGUUUAACCUUCUUUCAUCUGUUGCCUUAGCCAAGUGGGAAACUGUUAGUAACUUACUUUACUCCUUUUAAAAGACAUGAGGCAACUUUUAGCUAAGUUAAAAUUUUGUAGUUUUUUUCUCUCUGUAAUAUUGCUUGAGAAAGGUGUUAUUUUUGUAGGGUAAUAAAAUAGACUAAAAUCUGACAUUGAGCUUGAUUCCAAACUUAGAAAAAUGAAGAUUUCUCUUCUGCACAUUUUUUUUCCAGAAUAGUGUAUUUCAUCUUUGAUUCUAACAGUAUUUUUCCUUUAAUUACAAUUAUGCAACAUUGUUGGACAGUUAGAAUUUUUAAUAAAUUAGAAUAAUUUUCUAAACCAGUGGUGGUGAACCUAUAGUACAUGGGCCACAGUGGGCUGUUAUCACUGAAAGUUCUAAGAGAUUUUUCCUUACUGUUCUAAACUAAGAUACCAGUAUUUCAGUGUCUGUAUUAGCCUACCUUUUUGGAUGGUAAUUUUUAAAACAUCCAGUUUCACAAUUUUUAAAUUCAUAUUCAAAUUAGUGGACUUCCUGGCAGCCAUGGUUGCCCACCCUUGUAAUCCCAACACUCGGAAGGCUGGGCAGGAGGAUCACCCCAAGUUCAAGGCCAGCCUGGGCUACAUAGUGAGACCCUAUCUCAACAAACAAAAAUUUGUGGACAUCCUACAUUUGUCCUUAAUAUUUGAAAGUCAUUUUACCAGAUGAGGGAGACAAACCCUUGUAAGUGAACAAACAUUAACAGGAUGAUGUUCUAUUUUGUGAUUUUAUGCACUUUCCCCUGGUGGUCCUGCCACCUGCCUUGCAAGCGCAAGGACCAGAGUUUGAUCCCCGGUACCAAAAAAAAAAAAAAAAUCUUGCUUGUCUAUGCACUUUCCCCCUCUAUCAAUCAUGGUUUUUCUUUAUGAGUUACAGAGAUUGAGGCAUUAGAUCUUGGACCGGGUCAAGAGUCUCUUAUCUAAAAAUGUCCUAGUUUUGCUCAUUCAGAGUCUAGGUUAUUCCAUUGACUGUUAAGCAGUUAAAACUAGUACUUCCUUCAGUAGACAGUAGAACUUCUGUACUAGCAAAGAGAAAAAACUCAUAAUGUUCAGGUUGUAGGGUGGGCAGAUAUGGAGCAUAGAGAAAUCCAGAUCAUCUGAUGCCUGGUGUGAGCCCAUGUGGCUUUGAGGCCCCCAAAGUGCUGCCUUUUUCUGAAGGACAUGAGAGAGCUUGGACUCUGGAAAUAGACACCUUUAGUGUCUGCUUUUUAAAUCUUGGUAAACUACAGAAGUGUGUCUGUUUCCCUUAUUGGUUUCUACCACAGACUGCACAUCGAAUUAAAGAUAGCUGUAGACCAUCUGUCCCUAUGGUUUCAUGGACCACAAGGCAUACCACAUGGAAUGCUAAAUAUAGGAAGCAUCCGUUUCUUUUUUCCCACUAGUUUCUCCCACUGGUCUGGAAUUGUACACAGUUAGACCAAGGAUGGUUCCAUUAUAUUCCUUUUACUAAGUCAUGGGGAUUUUGGGAGGUCUGGUCUCUGGAUUUCUAGACCUGUCUCAAAUAUGCCUUCUGCUCAACUUUUCUUUGAGGUUAUGACAUAGUGAAUUUGUGAAUCCAUGCUUUUUUAUUUUGAUUUCAAGAACAAUGCCAUAGUAUCCUAAAAUGAAAUAAACUGGAAGAAUAGCAGCUUUAUGUAAUAGUAUCUUUGUUGAGUAACAUAUAGAUCAGUAGACAUUUGGCUCUAUACUUGAGGUUUCCUAGAUCAUUGAAUCAUUAUCACAUCAAUAUAUGUCCAGUUCGUCCAUUCCUCUGGGCUUGAUAAUCUACAAAUAUAGUUCCAACAAGCUUUCACAUUUGCAGUACCUACCCUGCCCUAAGUGCUCACAGACUCAUCCAUGUAGCUGCAUGUGUAUUUUAUGCACCUUCCCUUUGUUUCUACUUCAUUUUCAUACUAAACAUUGUGAUUAUUUAAAAAUGCAACUCUUAUCGCACACUCUCAUGUUGAAAUAUUGUGUGACUCAUUGUGGACUUAAAAUGUACUCUUAUUGUAUGCCAGGACUUUUAUAUAUAACCAUGCCUAUUUAUCAUUUAUAAGCACAUUAUGUUUCUCCUAUGCAAUAGUUUCUGGCCUUCUUGACCUACUUGGAGUUCCUUGAGACUUCUAUAGUUUCAUUUCAUGCUUUUGCAGAUCUGCAGUGAAAUGCCCUUGUUACUUGUUAAUACUAAUCCAGUAUUUGCAUGUAUUUCUGGCUGUGAUAAUGUAAUCAUUACAUGUUUUCUAUUAGAAGGCUUCUGGAAAGCUGGGACUCUUUAUAUAAUUUUAGAAGCUGGAGCUCUAUUUAAAUGUGGCUGUAUUUCCAGUCCAGUGGAGAGAAACAUGAUCUGCAGUAGGAAGAGUGUGUCAUGGAAGCAAGAUCUAGAGAGGGCUAAUUCUGUGCUGGUGCCUGGUUCUUGUCUUCCUGUCCAAAUCUCUCUGUCCUUUCUAUUCCUUGACUGUUGAGCACUUCUGUGAGAUAUUCCAAGUAUCUGGUAAUAAACUCUCAUGUUUGUUUCA